CAGCGCGCGGCUCGCGGCCCCGGAGCGCCGGCGCGGGCGAGCGGCGGAGGCCGGCCUGGCGGCGGCCAUGGACCGCUUCGUGUGGACCAGCGGCCUCCUGGAGAUCAACGAGACGCUGGUGAUCCAGCAGCGCGGCGUGCGCAUCUACGACGGCGAGGAGAAGAUAAAAUUUGAUGCUGGGACCCUCCUUCUUAGUACACAUCGACUGAUUUGGAGAGAUCAGAAAAAUCAUGAGUGCUGCAUGGCCAUUCCUCUUUCCCACAUUGUGUUCAUUGAAGAACAGGCAGCUGGAAUUGGGAAAAGUGCCAAAAUAGUGGUUCAUCUUCACCCAGCGCCACCUAACAAAGAACCUGGUCCCUUCCAGAGUAGUAAGAACUCCUACAUCAAACUCUCCUUCAAAGAACACGGCCAGAUUGAGUUUUACAGGCGUUUAUCUGAGGAAAUGACACAGAGAAGAUGGGAGAAUAUGCCAGUUUCCCAGGCUUUACAAACAAAUAGAGGACCCCAGCCAGGAAGAAUAAGGGCUGUAGGAAUUGUAGGCAUUGAAAGGAAAUUGGAAGAAAAAAGGAAAGAAACUGACAAAAACAUUUCUGAGGCCUUUGAAGACCUCAGCAAGUUAAUGGUCAAGGCUAAGGAAAUGGUGGAAUUAUCAAAAUCAAUUGCUAAUAAGAUUAAAGACAAGCAAGGUGACAUCACAGAAGAUGAGACCAUCAGGUUUAAAUCCUACUUGCUGAGCAUGGGGAUAGCUAACCCGGUCACCAGGGAGACGUGCGGCUCGGGCACACAGUACCACAUGCAGCUGGCCAGACAGCUGGCUGGGAUACUGCAGGCGCCGCUGGAGGAACGAGGGGGAAUCAUGUCACUUACAGAGGUGUACUGUUUAGUAAACCGAGCUCGUGGAAUGGAGUUGCUCUCACCUGAAGAUUUAGUGAAUGCAUGCAAGAUGCUGGAAGCACUACAGUUACCACUCAGGCUCCGAGUUUUUGACAGUGGCGUCAUGGUGAUUGAGCUUCAGUCCCACAAGGAAGAGGAAAUGGUGGCCUCAGCCUUGGAGACAGUUUCAGAAAAGGGAUCCCUAACAUCAGAAGAGUUUGCUAAGCUGGUGGGAAUGUCUGUCCUCCUGGCUAAGGAAAGGUUGCUGCUCGCAGAGAAGAUGGGCCACCUUUGCCGAGAUGAUUCAGUGGAAGGCUUGCGGUUUUAUCCAAAUUUAUUUAUGACACAGAGCUAAGGGUUUUGUAUUUAAAAUACUUCUUGUCCAUAUACUUGUAUCAUGUAGAGGUUGUAUGACAUUCAGCUCAGAGUAAACCUUGAUGAACUGAGAAUUUCUGGAACUUUACACCAUAAUAGAAUACCCUUCUAAUUUCUCCCAAAUAUUAUGGUCCCGGAAGUUUACUUAGGAUAAAUAUAGGAAAAUACAGAAAACUGAAUGCCACAGUGAGUUUGAAAUCAUGCUACAGCUGUAUAGAACCUUCUAUGGUGAAUUUUAACGUGAUCCUCAAAUCUGAUUUUUUAAAAAAGGGAAGUUUUUAAAGAAGGGAAGAAUGGGGGAAGACGUUGCGUGUUUGGACAGGUUAGAUCAUUUUUCUGGUGUGACUAAAAUUCCCCGAAUUAUAAACAAAGUUUUUCUCUGUA